UGCGCCGACGCUGCUGCCAACUGGCACAAUACCGUUGACGGAAAUCGGACGCCGAUUGUCGACUGCGACCGCCAGCAGUCACGCAGAAUGGCAGCAUGCCUGCGACACAGCCACACAAAAAUCAUCACAAGAAAUUGUAGUAGCGACUAGAACGUCGCGCGGUUAACAACGCGUUGUUCCCCAAAAAUAAUUGGAUUGAAAUUCAUAUGAAAGCAAAUUGUAAACUUGGAUUUCAAAAGUUCUAAAUUAAAGUGUGAAAGGAAAUGAAAAAACACAUAAAAAAUAAGGUAAAUUAUAGAGAAGAAAAAAUUAUUGAAGAGCAAAACAAACAGUGAAUAACGCAAAGUAAAUUGAAGUUAUGUACAUAGUAAAAAAAAGUUACGGAGAGAAUUUAAAAGUAAAAAUUUGCAGUUGCAAUAACUCAAAACCGCGUCCCGAACGCAAUUGAAGUAGUAGCAGUCUUCGUGCUUUUCAUAUGGCAAGAGUAUAGUGUCAGCCUAAUAACAAAAAUAAACAACCGGUUGCAUUGCCGCUGCUAAAUAACAACAACAUUUGAAAAGUGAACUCGAAUUAAUAAAAGAAAAGUAAUUGAUAACAAUUGUGGAGCGAAGUAAAAUUGUGUGAAUGCAUUUCGUACACACUGUGGUGAACUGUGCUUAUUUAGUCAACUAAAGGUGCAUAAAAAACACUGUGUACCUAGUUACUUUGUUCUUUUGACGCGCCACCAUUUUCUAACGGAAAUCAGACGUCGUCGGUUAAUUUGUAUCUACGCCAACUUUUUCGAAAUAGAAAACUUUAAAAAUUAAAAAAAAAACACCCACACACACAUAUGUAAAUACUUAAUAAACACUUCCGCUCUUGCAAUGGCGCCCACACGCAGUUAUAACUCUUAAAAAAGCAGAACAAAAAAAAUUUGAAACAAAAAACAUUUCAUGUUAAAUGUAUUAGCUCGAAUCAAAAUCAAGUGAAAAUAAAUUGCCGCCGCAUUUGCCGAUUUUUGCUGAUUUUCUUUGGCAAAGAAAUCUUAAACGCAUAAACUACGCGUAGGUACUAACAAAGAUAUCUCAUUCCAAUGUUGUCUUGCCUGGUGCCGUCGUCAUCACGUUUUGGCCAAGAGGAUAAUAUUAUAAAUCAAAGUAUGCCAUCAUCACCAGCGUUUGCCGUGCAAUUUCCCUCAUUGGCAUCAAGUUUGCACCAUCCUCAUCAUCAAAACGGUUCAAAAAACAACAGUAACGUUGAGGAGGAGAACACCUCUAUGCCGGGUCCAAUUUCACCACACACAGAUUUUAUGGUAAAUUGUCCGCGAUGUCCGACACGACUAGGAUUUCAGUCUCUGCGCGAGCAUAUUGCCAGCGAACAUUCGCAUGAGAAACUUAAUAACGAAAACUUUCCAUCCAGCCUCGCCUACCAUCACCACCACCACCAUCACCAACAACAACAACAACAACAACAUAACCACCUACAGCAACAACAUCAACAAUCAUACUCACAUCAUAGUGUCGUCGAUAUUGAAGACGAUAACGAGGACAACGAGAACGUCGAAGACGAGGACGACGAUAACAGCAGUAGUAACAGCAACAGUAACGGCAGCGCUGUAAAGUUCACAAACUCACCUAAUCCAAACAAUAACAACAACAACAACGAUAGCAAUAUUAAAAACAAUAACAACAGUAGUAUUACAAGUAUUGAAUACGCAACACAUUCACCUAUUACACCAACAGUUACAAACUCUAUCAUCAGCGCCACCGCCAACAGUCCCAUCUCAGCGCACACAAACACCAGUAAGCAACAGUCGUCGUCGUUGUCAUCGAAAAUGAUUCCGAAUGUGACGCCCACCGUCUCACCAACACCAGCAAACGAUCUCGGCGCCGCCACUUCACCAUUUGCUGCAGCCGCAGCCGCAGCAGCAGCGGCGGCAGCUGCCGCUCAACAUCAAUUGCCACCUUUGCCGCCCCACCUAACGCAUCCGCAUGGCAUGCAUCCACAUUUGCCUGCUGCUGCACAACUUAUGGCCGCUAUGGCUGCCAUGCAGGCGCAACAACAACAACAACAGCAACAAAGUGAUCGAGGAAAUGGAUUGAGUAAUGGUAUUGGCGGCGGAGCUGCGACUGCGUUAACAUCGAACACAUCUGCGCGCACCACCUCACCCACCAGUCAAUUGCUGGCUUUUGCCACCAACGGACAUCAUCAUCCACAUGCGGCGACGCAUGCGCACGCGGCGGCUAAUAUUAAUGGUUGCGCUGGUAGCGGUGGUGGUAGCAUUUACGAUAUGGAUGCUGCGUGUUCAGCUUCAAGUCCGGGUUCGAUUGGAGGCAAUGAAAUGGGCGCCUAUCACUGCGUGCAAUGUACGGCGACAUUCCAGACACGCGAACAACUGGAGAAACACGAGGUGCUCCAUUCGCCCAGUGCGCAAACGCAAACGUCAAAUCAAGUGAGUACAAAAGAUCGCGCAGAGUCGCCAAAGGAGGCAGAAAACAUACAGAAUGAUUCCAUUUUAGAGGAAUCUGCCACAGCAGAGUCUGUUGAGCAAGAGACAGUGCCACCGAUCAAGUUAGAACAGAGUAGUCCUGCCACUCCAGCAGAGGAGGAACAAGCCCAACAGGCAGAAAACGAUUCUCCAGAGCCUGCGAUUAAACAAGAGUUAGACAAUACCGCCGAUAUUGAGCAAUCACGACCAAUGGAAACGUCUACGCCUACCAACAAAGUAGAGAAGGUCACGAAUGCCGAUUUGAGUAUAGCCAGCCCGCCCGAGCUACGCUGUGGACGUUGCGAUACGCAAUUUAAUCAUCAAACCGAGCUCGUGCAACACGAAAAGGUGCUCUGCGGUUACAUCAAGCAAGAGAUGCAGCAGCACUACGAAGAGCCGCAGCCAGAGCGUCAGCCACAGCCGCAAGUUGAAGAGGAACUGAAACAGCCACAGGCACUUAGACCACCACAGCAUAGUUCGGAUGACGCUGCCGAACAGUCAGGCACAUCAAUCACUUCUCUAUUGCAUUCCAGCGACGCCGAGGACUAUCAGGAUGAACGCGAUUCUUCUUCCCGCAAUGAUUGUAACAGCGAAAGUAGCGAGCGUAAGGUACGUGUACGCACUGCCAUCACUGAAGAACAACAACAGCAGCUGAAGCAACACUACGCCAUCAAUGCGCGCCCCAGCCGCGAAGAGUUCCGCAUAAUAGCCGCGCGUCUGCAGCUGGAUGCGCGCGUCGUACAAGUCUGGUUUCAGAACAAUCGUUCACGUGAGCGUAAGCUGCAAAGCUAUCAGCAAGCUAAUGGCAAAUUACCUUUCCCUUUGCCUGCAGCUGAUGCGGCUGUUGCAGCGCUGGAGCGCGCUUCAGUGCCAGUCAGCGGCCGCACCGGCGAAGAACAGCCAUUGGAUUUGUCGCUGAAGCGCGAUUGGCCCAUUUCGGCGAAGCGCAAUGGUGUGCAACAACAACAUUCACCGCUAUACGGCAUUGCACCAAUGCAAAACGUCAACGGCUGUGAUCUCAACGAAGCCAUUAACUUGAGUCGUAAAUUGUCUGCUUCGAUGUCGCCACCCUCUUCGCUGUCUCCAUCUUCCGCCACCUCUGUGCCUCAGUCGAUCAAACAACAGCAAGCGGCAUUCUAUUUUGGCGCACCGCAUCCAAAUCGACACUUCCAACGACAAACGCCUUCGCCCAGUGAAGCGCCAUCGCUGCCACAGCAGCAACCGCUUACAACGCGCAACGGUAACAACAACAACAAUAACGGUUUCUCAGCCUCGCUCGCCGGUCAUCUGCCACCAUAUAUGCUGCCUACCGGCGCCCAGCGCAACCUAAUGCCAAUGGAGGCUAUUUUUCGCAUGACACCCGGCGAGUAUGCGUGCAAUCCGCUGAUCAACAGUAUUAAAUUCCCCGACUAUCGCGGCACCAGCCUUAGCCCAGGUGGUUCAGAGAAGCGCUCUUGGCGCGAUGAUGAUUCGCGCAUCUCACACGACGACGACUACAUUUCCAGCGGCUUGUUGCCGAAACCGAAGCGACCCAAAGCAGAAACGCACGGACAUGCCGGUGACCCGGACUUGCCCUUUGUGUGUGAUCAGUGCGACAAAGCGUUCGCCAAACAAAGCUCGCUGGCGAGACACAAGUACGAGCAUUCCGGUCAACGCCCCUACCAGUGCAUGGAGUGUCCGAAGGCUUUCAAGCAUAAACAUCAUCUGACAGAACAUAAGCGGCUGCAUAGUGGCGAAAAGCCAUUUCAAUGCACCAAGUGCCUCAAACGAUUCUCCCAUUCCGGUUCCUAUAGUCAGCAUAUGAAUCACCGUUAUUCGUAUUGCAAACCCUACAGGGAAUAGGUAAACGACAAUUCAGCGCAU